AUGAAAAUUAUUGAACAGGCGCGCCAGUCACUCCACCCCCCCGGCCGCCCUGCCCUGCAUGCCUUCCUCCGCAGCCUACCCCUGGUGGCCCGGGGCAACCUCCCCCGCGUGUGGGAGCGGGUGCCCGGCGGGCUGUGUGAGCCUCUGAGGCCCUUCGUCAGCCAUGCACACCCCACCAGGGUGGGGGGCGAGUUCGAUGAGGGAUUACUCCACGACGCUCGUGAUAUGCUGGACGCCGAGCUGCAGCAGGAUAUCCUGAAGCCGGUGGACCGCUGGCUCGAGAGCCUCGAUGUGGUCAAGACCCGCAUGCGCAAGCUGGAGGGCCUCCGUCUCGACGUGGAUGCCCGGCGGCGCCGGGUGCACCGCCGCCAGCUGCGGACUCUUUCCAGGAUGGAGAGGCGGGAGAGGCGGGGGGAGGGGCUGCGGGGCCGCAGGAGGCGAGCCAGCUCCGCGGGUCCCGGCAGUCGUGUCGGUACGGAGGAGGAGGACGUGAGCACCCUCAGCGGCUCCGAGACCAGUACGGAAGAAGAGUACGAGUUGUCGUACGGCCCGGGCGGCCUAGGUGGCCGAGACGAGGACAGCGCUAGCGCCAUGGCCCUGGGCAAGUGCAAGAUGCCGCUGCCCGCGUUCCCGCGGUUCAACGCCGGCGGGGAGUACGGCGCUAUCGGGGACCCCGCAGCACUCAUCGCCGAUGUACCGCACUCCAUAAAACACGUCGCGGGGCCCGUGGCCAGUCCGCUGGCGCUGGUGGGCGCGGCGGGACCGGCUGCCGUACAGGCUGACGUGGCGGCGGCGCUGCGGCCCAAGCGCAUCACGGCACAGCCGCUGCAGACAUCGGACUGA